AUGGUUAGAUACAAUGACACCCUGGACAAAGAUGAAUCCGGUCGAAGUGAGACACGAGAAGAGGUUCUUUUGAACAAAUUCCCCCCUGAAGAGGAGCACCUCUUGACAACACCAUCUGUUGUCAUUGAUUCCGGCGGUAGAAUCAUUGUCUGGUAUUUGCCUGGAGCACUCACCUCUAUGAUGAUGAAAGAUAUUCACGGUGCCACACAUUCCAUGAGUGGUUUGUUGAAGCAUAGCAUCACAUCAGGCAAGAUUUCUCAAUGGAGGACCCACCGGUCAAACUUCUAUACAAGUCCAGAUGGAAUGAUCACCCCCGGUUGCAUCAAUAUAUCUCCUGCAUGGUUUCAGCAAGGAAGAGAGGUGCAUGGCUUCUCGCCAGAGGUAUCAGCGGCACUGAAAGGUGCUGCCAGUCACAAUAUUACAGCAUCCCUUCAAAGGUCCGGUAUCAUUGUCUCUGCUGCACUUCGAGUCAUGCACCCUGAUCUUUAUUGGGCCGGAAUGGAAACUCAAGUCAGGCUUGGUAAAUGGGCUGCCAGAUAUGAGUUGAACGAGAUGCACCAUCAUCUUCAACGCUGGACAUCCGUUUUUAAUGUGGUAUCGAUCAUAUGCAAUCGCCAGACACCCCCUCAUAGAGAUCCUAAAUGUCGACCGGCAGCAUUUGAUAUCAUGACUACUGCUGGUGUUUAUUGCCCGGUUAUCAUGGAUUUCAUGAACCUUGGAAUCAAGUUUCUCUACGACUCUGGCUCAAUAUUGGCUUCAUCAUGUCGACUGGUGAGACAUUACAUGAACGUGGAAGAGGGCAACAGGAUUGUCACUGCAUGGUACAUGCGAGACAGCAUCCACAAUUUUGUUGGGACUCCGAGCACGGAGUAUGCAAAAUAUGACCGUGUAGAUAUUUAG